AUGGCGGCGUCGGCGGCCCUGUCUGCGGCGGGGGCGGCGGCUGCCGUGUCGGGCCUGGCGAUGCGCCUGUCUCGCUCGGCUGCGGCCCGCGGCUCGUACGGCGCCUUCUGCAAGGGGCUCACGCGCACGCUGAUCACCUUCUUCGACCUGGCCUGGCGGCUGCGCAUGAACUUUCCCUACUUCUACAUCGUGGCCUCGGUGAUGCUCAACGUCCGCCUGCAGGUGCGGAUCGAGUGAGCGCCCGCGACCACCGCGCGGCCGCGACGGCAGGGGCGCCAGCAUGAAGCUCCGCGGGGCCCAAGGCCGCCAGCACGCGGCGGGGGAAGGAGAAGGGGCGGCCCGGGCCCCCGGACCCUAGACCUCGACGGAGGUCACGGCCACCGAGCCCCAAGCCCCGGCUCUGGUCACCCACGUCGCGGCCGGUGACGAACUGCACAGAAACUCGCGAAACGGGCCCUUUCCAUCGAACUCGAGAAAAUGACUUGAGUGCGGCCGACCUGUUGCCUCACCUUGGCCGAAGUGGGGAGCAGAAGGAAGAAAUUCUGCAGCAGGAACGUGAACGACUGGCCCUGACCAAAGAGGCUGCCCCUGGGCCCAGCAUCACACAGGAGAGUCUCCUCUGGAUGGGCCUGCACUGGUCCUGGAGCCCUUGGCUUGCGCUGUUGACUGACGCACCAGGAGCGGUGCUGAUGGGAGGCGGGAGAGACCCUGGCCCUCCCCCCACACCGGUCCCACAUCUACUCGGGCGGUGGUUGCUCAUGGUCCAUGCACUCAGAGUUCCUGGGGCUGAGGACCCCAGCAGCCUGGUUGCCCCCAGGACAGAGUGGCCAAGCCUCACACCACAUGCCCUCCUCAGCUGCCCAGCUGGAGCCCGGGUCCCAGGUGAGGAUCUCUGCCUGCCUCACCCUGGGGCCGGAGGCUGCACCGCUGUCACCACGUGCCCCCAACAGAUGCCCACCGUCGGGGCCUGAUGGCUUCCUUCCUUGUGCCAAGUCACCCGGGGGCCCUGGUCCAGGUGGCCCUCCUCCAGCCCAACUGUGCCCACCCAGGGCCACUUCUGGGAGCCUGCCAGCCUGCGGACGGCAUCCCCGGAGCUCUGGGGACAGCCUCUGAGAGACUGUGCCGCGGGGCUGCACGGGAGGAGAGCAGCAGAGGACGAGGGGCCUCCUUGGGGCUGAUUCGCAGACGCGCCCAUUUCAAGCCCAGCUCUCACCCUCCGGGUGGCUCGAUGCCCAGCUCCAGCGUCUUGAUGGCCAGCCUGAGAGGGCCUGAGAAUGGCACAGAGGAGGCUCUUCGCUGACCGUGUGGGUGCCCGUGUGUGAGUGCACAUGUAUGAGUGUGUGCAGAUGUGCGGGUGUGAGCGUGUGUGUGAGUGAACGUGUGGGUGUGAGCAUGUGUGUGAGUGCUUGUGCACACACACAAGUGGCUGUGCGUUGCACUGGGUGCUGUUGAGCAGUGAGCUGUGCAGGGUGCCCUGUCCUCCCUGGGCUCGGGGCUCAGCCAGCGCUGCCUGGGGCUGCUUCCAAACAGGGAGAAAGCGGGCUGGAGGCCCAGGGGCC